GUAGGACAGGAAAUUAAGCUGAGAGCUGAAAAUUUUCCAUUCUUGAUUUAGUACUAUAGUGGGGAUCGCAUGAGUAAGACUCAGGUCUAGAAUAUACUACAGGUUCUACCAAGUAGCCACUCUGUAACCAAAUAAAAGUCUCGGUUUCCUCAUCUGUAAGACAAGUAUGAUAUUAUUCACCUUACUGUACCCACAGGGUUUCUAAUUUGAAGAUCAGGUAAAAUGAUGUAAAGAUUCUUCUUGAUGCAGUGCUUAGGGAACAACAACAACAAAAAUCUUCAGAUAGAACCUCCUCUGUACCUUCUGCUCCCUUACCUCAACUCUGACCAAAAGGGAAUCAUCCAGGGACCUCCAGAGACCACAAGAAAACAUGGGGAGGAUUUUCCUCAUGGGAGACAAAGCCAAUUCAGUACUAAAACGCUACCCAAGAGCUAAUGGACUUUUUGAAGAAAUAAAACAGGGCAACACUGAACUGGAAUGCAAAAGAGAAGUCUGCACAUUCGAAGAAGCAAGAGAAGCUUUUAAAAAUAAUGAAAAAAACAAAGAGAUUUGGAACACCUAUACAAAAGCUCAACAAGGAGAGAAGAACAGAGGAAGUGACUGGUUUCAAUUUUACCUUACCUUUCCAUUAAUCUUUGGCCUCUUUAUUAUCCUCCUUGUCAUUUUCCUAAUCUGGAGAUGCUUCCUAAGAAACAAAACUCGCAGACAGACAGUGACCGAAGGUCACAUCCCUUUCCCUCAGCACCUUAAUAUUAUCACUCCGCCUCACCCACCAGACGAAGUGUUUGAUAGCAGUGGGAUGUCGCCAGGCUUUCUAGAAUAUGUAGUUGGGCGCUCGGAUUCUGUCUCUACUCGCCUGUCCAACUGCGAUCCUCCACCAACCUAUGAGGAAGCCACUGGCCAGGUGAACCUUCAGAGGAGUGAAACAGAACCUCAUUUAGACCCACCCCCGGAGUAUGAGGACAUCAUCAACUCCAACUCAGCCAGUGCCAUUGCUAUGGUGCCUGUGGUCACCACCAUCAAAUGAAACUGCAAACUUCUUUUUACUAUAAUCAAUUUCAGAAUACUAAUGAAAGAACUUUCUAGCACUUUACCACUGCAUAAAUGUGUGUUGACUUAUUUUAUUGGACUCUGACAGCAUACCACUUCACAUUUUCUGAUUUGAUUUCAAUUAAUUUUGUUUCCUACUAUAAAAUCAUUAUCCAUGCUCAUUUUAGCUAAUGGAAAUAUGUGAAGAGGGAAAAACAGUGGAAGUCUUCAUGUGAUGAGAUGAGUUAUAUAUACUUGUGUAUGUAUAUUCAUGCAUAUAUACAUAUAUGCAUAUAUAUAUCAGCCCAACAAAUGUGCAACUGUCUUAAAAAGCAAUUAACUUCUGUCUAAAUCACCUGUAAAGAGAACAUUACUCAACAAAAUUGGGAGUGAGGGAGACACCAUCAAUUUGUAUGAUAGAUAGCAAUAUGCUGCUCAGUUUUGAAAAUAAGAUGAACUUAGUACGCUUUCUAAUUUUUACUGGCAUUUGUUAACCAUUUUCUUCAACUACCUUAAAAGGAAAAAAAUGCAUGUAGUCGAUCUUGAUUUUCAGAACAUUUCAGAAAGAUGGAAGGUGCAGUAAACAAUAACUUGCUUGUAGUGUAUAGCAAGAAAAGUAUUGGUCAUUACUGGCAUUUGGCUAGUCUUGUAGGAGGGAGUUUUUUUGUUGUGCCCCCCCCCCUAGUUAAACAGUGUUUGCAUAAUAUCUUUGAAUGUCUCAUGCUAUUUGUAUUAACAUCUUGGUGGAGAGGAUUUCCUGCCAACAGAAUAAUUUCUUAAGUAGAUAUGUGUAUUAGUGACAGUGACUGGACAGAGAUUUUUCCUUUGCUCUUUGGUGACAAUAAUUAUUUUCUUCUCGCUGUUUCAUUGGCUUGCACUCUACCAUCUACUCCCUCUCCUGCCACCACAGAAUCUUCAAGCACCUAAGAAUUUAGUUAAAAUAAAAUUCUUAAAAUUAUUUUCUUAACGUUUUUGUAUAGACUGGAGUCUUUACCUCAAGAUGAUCAAGUCAAUUUCCUAUUAAAUUAAGAACUGUGAUUUUUAUAUUGCUCUCCAGUUGGUGGAGGAAGAUUGAAAAGUCUGUUGUGCCAGGUGCACAAUAAAUUAGUUAUAAUAGCUUCACAGAGAUCUCAUUAUUGUUAUUUCAUUUUGUAUUUUCAUCUGAUUUUUUUAAAUGUUUUUUUAUUGAUUUUUUUUGAGAGAGAGAGAAAUAUUGA